GUAGGAGGCUCCCUGUCUGUAAGCGCGUUCACGCCGGAGCAGGAACCGUCAGUCGGCUGUUACCGGCGGACCGCGCCGCUCCGGAUUUCCAUCUCGGACACCCAGGGUGUGUAUACCUUGCUAACGGUACCGGGGUUAUCCCUAGGGCUUAUCUGAGAAGAACAUCAUGGCUUUUAGUAAAGGUUAUCGUAUCUUCCACAAACUGGAUCCUCCUCCGUUCAGCCUGAUUGUGGAAGCCAGAAACAAGGAGGAGUGCCUGAUGUUUGAGUCCGGGGCCGUGGCCGUUCUCUCUUCUGCAGAAAAAGAAGCCAUCAAGCACAUGUACAGUAAGGUCAUGGACGCAUACGGCCUCCUGGGUGUCCUCCGGCUAAAUCUCGGAGAUGCCAUGUCGCAUUAUCUCGUGCUGGUGACCGGCUGCAUGUCGGUGGGGAAGAUUCAGGACUCGGAGGUUUUCCGCGUCACCUCCACGGAGUUCAUCUCUCUACGAGCCGAUCCCGCGGACGAAGAUCGCAUGUCGGAAGUGCGCAAAGUAUUAAACUCCGGCAGCUUUUAUUUUGCGUGGUCUUCUGCUGGCACCAGUUUAGACCUCAGUCUCAACGCUCACCGCAGCAAUCAGGAGCAAAGGACAGACAACCGCUUCUUCUGGAACCAGUCCCUGCACUUGCACCUGAAGCACUACGGCGUCAACUGCGACGACUGGCUGCUGAGGCUGAUGUGUGGCGGGGUAGAGAUCCGGACGAUAUACGCUGCCCACAAGCAAGCCAAGGCGUGCAUCAUCUCCCGGCUCAGCUGCGAGAGAGCCGGCACCCGGUUCAACGUGCGCGGCACCAACGAUAACGGCCAAGUGGCCAACUUUGUGGAGACGGAGCAGGUGAUCUACCUCGAUGAUUGCGUGGCUUCUUUUAUACAAAUUCGAGGAUCCGUUCCGCUGUUUUGGGAGCAGCCUGGAUUGCAGGUGGGAUCUCAUCGCGUGAGGAUGUCCCGAGGAUUUGAAGCAAACGCACCGGCUUUUGAUAGGCAUUUCCUGACCCUGAAAAGACUGUACGGAAGACAAGUCAUAGCCAAUUUACUGGGGUCUAAAGAGGGAGAAGCCAUGCUAAGCAGGGCAUUCCAGAGUCAUUUAAAAGCUUCCGAGCACGUCACCGAUGUCCAGAUGGUGAACUUCGACUAUCAUCAGAUGGUUAGAGGGGGCAAGGCGGAAAAACUCCAGGGCGUCCUAAAACCCAAAGUGCACUCUUUCUUGGAAGAAUGUGGAUUCUUCUAUCUCGAUAAGAACGGCGUUCACAGAACUCAGAGCGGUACCAUCAGAACCAACUGCCUGGAUUGUCUGGAUAGAACAAACAGUGUCCAGGCUUUCUUUGGACUAGAGAUGUUAAUAAAGCAGCUGGAAGCCCUCGGCCUGGCUGAUAAGCAGCAGCUGAUCACGCGCUUCCAGGAGGUCUUCCGGUCCAUGUGGUCCACAAACGGUGACUCCAUAAGUAAGAUCUACGCCGGCACCGGAGCUCUUGAAGGAAAAGCCAAGGGCGGAAAGCUGAAGGACGGCGCGAGGUCGGUGACCAGGACCAUUCAGAGUAACUUCUUCGACGGCUCAAAGCAGGAGGCCAUAGACGUCUUAUUAUUGGGGAACACCCUGAACAGCGAUUUAGCUGAUAAAGCGAGAGCUCUGCUGACCGCCGGGAGCUUACAUGUGUCUGAGCUCAUGUUACAAUCAGCCUCUCCGAGAGUCCUGCGCAGCAUGUGCGAGAAUUAUUACAGGUAUUCCAAACCCAAGAAAAUCCGCGUUUGUGUCGGGACCUGGAAUGUCAACGGUGGGAAGCAGUUCCGAAGCAUCGCCUUUAAGAACCAGACCUUGACCGACUGGCUGCUGGAUGCCCCGAAGAUUGCUGGCAUCCAGGAGUUCCAAGACAGGCGAAGCAAACCCGUUGAUAUAUUUGCUAUUGGCUUUGAAGAGAUGGUUGAAUUAAACGCAGGGAAUAUUGUGAACGCGAGCACAACCAAUCAGAAGCUGUGGGCAGCAGAACUCCAGAAAACCCUAUCCAGAGACAACAAGUAUGUCCUCCUCGCCUCGGAGCAGCUCGUCGGCGUCUGCCUGUUCAUCUUCAUCAGACCCCAGCAUGCACCUUUCAUCAGAGAUGUUUCGGUUGACACCGUGAAGACCGGUAUGGGAGGCGCGACCGGCAACAAGGGGGCCGUGGCCGUCCGGAUGUUGAUGCACACGACCAGUCUCUGCUUUGUGUGCAGUCACUUUGCCGCAGGACAGUCUCAAGUGAAAGAGAGAAACGAAGACUACAUGGAGAUAACCCGCAAACUCAGCUUUCCGAUGGGAAGAAUGCUCUUUUCUCACGAUUAUGUGUUUUGGUGUGGGGAUUUUAACUAUCGCAUCGACCUUCCAAACGAAGAAGUGAAAGAACUGAUCCGAAGUCAGAACUGGGAUUCUCUUCUUUCAGGAGACCAACUGACCAAUCAAAAGAACAAUAGCCAGGUUUUUCGUGGAUUUUUAGAGGGAAAGAUCAAUUUUGCUCCCACAUAUAAGUACGACUUGUUCUCGGAUGACUAUGACACGAGUGAGAAGUGUCGUACGCCAGCGUGGACCGACCGCAUUCUUUGGAGGAGAAGAAAAUGGCCUUUUGACAAAUCCGCUGAGGACUUGGAUCUUCUGAAUUCAAGUUUACAAGAAGGGAAAAACAUUCCGUAUACCUGGAAUCCAGGUACUUUGCUGCACUACGGCCGCGCAGAGCUAAAAACCUCUGACCACAGGCCGGUCGUUGCACUGAUCGAAGUCGACAUCUUUGAAACGGAAGCAGAGGAAAGGCAAAACAUCUACAAGGAGGUGAUAGCAGAGCAAGGACCCCCGGACGGCACGGUCAUGGUCUCCCUGCAGAGCAGCUCCCCCGAAGAUAAUUAUUUUGACGAUAGUUUAAUUGAUGAGCUUCUCCAACAGUUUGCCGGAUACGGAGAGGUCAUCCUAAUCAGGUUUGUCGAAAACCGAAUGUGGGUGACUUUCCUGGAAGGAAGUUCUGCUUUGGAUGCUUUAAGUCUGAAUGGUGUCGAGGUAUUGGGAAGACCCGUAAAAAUCCAGCUGAAAAAUCCGGACUGGAUCCUGCAGGUAGAGGAAGAGAUGAAAUUGGAAAAAAUAAGCGUGUCCUUGCCGUGUUCCACAAGCUCCACGCUGCUGGCGGAAGAUAUGGAAAUUUCCGCGGACUUCGACAUGGAAGGAGACAUUGAUGAUUAUAGCGCUGAAGUGGAGGAGAUUCUGCCCCAGCAUUUACAGCCGUCUUCCUGCUCCGCACCGGGGUCUUCGCCGAGCUCCUCUCCGCGCUCGAGUCCCUGCCCGUCGCCCACCAUGCCAGAAGGACCCCCUCCUUCACUUCCUGUGCGACCCAACCGCGCACCCUCAAAACAGCCAGGGCCCCCCCUGACAGCGAAUCAAGGUUCUCCUGUAGAAUUCCAGCCUAUUAUUCCACAAAAGGACCUAGAACCUAAACGUCCUCCACCUCCACGGCCUGGCGUUCCCCCGGCACGUCCGGCACCGCCUCAGCGUCCGCCUCCCCCGUCAGGGGCAAAGAGUCCGGCGCCAGUUAGAAAGGAAACCGGAGGUCCAGGAGCUCCUCCAAGUCCAGGAGUCGCUCGGCGAGACAUGGAAGCUCAGCCUCAGACGAGAGCACCGGCCCCUGCCGUAUGCACCUCGGUCAGACCGACAAUUCCUCCCCGUGCCGGUGUUAUCAGUGUACCUCAAAGCCACAUUCGUCCUACGCCAGUCAGACCAUCCCCUGAAACAUCAGUCAAACCUGCUGAGCCGGCCAAAGGUUUUCAUUCACUUCCAGAGCCCAUGAAACCCCAGCUUGCAAUUCCCCUUCAGCCCAGUCCAGUCCCUCAGCCACCUUGCCAAAAGCUGCAAGAACCUCUGUUGCCUACAGCGGCGCACCCCGUUUCCCCAACACCUUCACCCCAAACCCUGGACCCAGCUCCGCAACCUCCUCCGCGCAGCCGCUCCUCCCAGAACCUGCCUUCAGAACAGCCUGCUUCCCAGACGCUUCCAACUAAUGGAGUCGGUGGCUUUAAAAGCCAGUUUGACAAUGAUCCUUUUGUGGAUUUUUCAUUUGAUCAGCCUCCCAUUUCAGUGCAGCGGGUGCCACCUCGCGUAACCCCAGCUCCGACGCCGAGCCAGAAGGAGUCGAUUCGUUUGCCUUCGACGGUACAAAAUAACGCGAUGAUCUCAACCGGCAUAAGUCGCGCACCUUCGUUACCCCCUAUACCAGCCCGUAGUGGAUCACGGGAUAGUCUGCGUGUAUCUCCUAACCCAUUCCUUACCAGGACAAACACUUGCCCCACCAACCCAUUCAGCGAUCGGCCAACUAAAGCAGGAAACCCUUUUAGAGUCCCGGACUGCCCUGCGAUUGCUCCAUCUCCGCUCCAAGCAAGCAUCUUGGAUCAGCUUAAUUCCCACAGCCAGCCUGAGCUGCAGCAGAACCCAGUGGAAUUUACCCUGGGGUCCUUUGAAAAAAGCCUCUCGUUGCCCCUUAAACUUUCCUCGCUGCAGGAUGCCGAUACGAGAGGUUGGGUGACGUUCGAAGAGGAUCAUUUCAGUUCUCCGCUCGAUAGACCGCCUAGCAAUGGCACAGACUUCGAACGGGCGGGUCCAAAAAACCAGUUUUCGGAAUUAGAUGGCAACCGGAACGCAAUCUCAGCCGCUUCCUCCUUUAACCUUUCGUUGAGAAGACCCCCUCCCCCUCCGCGCGUUCCAUCGCGGACUAAGAUGUCUACAAAGUCUUCGCCGAACCUAGAAUACGCCGACCGGUGACGUGUAGUUGGUAGACAUAUUCUGUUUUGUGCAAUAAUAUUGAAUUGUGAAAUCCUUAACCCCGUCACGUAUGUAACCAUGCCUAUAACCACUGAUUAACUACCCGCAGAGUACCUUUCUCUGAAUAUAUUCUUGCGUUUCCAACAUUAUUUUUGAUAUGCUUGUGCUCACUGUCAACAUGCAUUACGCUAAAUGCACUUAAAAAAGAUAAA